AUGGAACAGUCCGAUUUUCGUCGAACACACGGUUGCUGGAUUUUCUCUGUUCCGCGCUGGCUUUUCAUGUCUAAGAUGCCUCCUCGUGGAAACGAUUCGAGGGCGGGUGGCGCCAAUAGCAGCCGUGCACGGGAUUGGCGCUUUUGGCUCAUUUUUGCCGGACUCAGUCUCGCGUCUAUUCUCGUCUCGAUCGAAAGCACUAUCGUCGCGACUGCUUUGCCUACAAUUUCAGCUGACCUAGGCACUGGCAAUGCCUACAUCUGGGUGACCAACAUCUACUUUCUCACAAGGCGAGUUAUUUCCUUCGCCAUCUUCCAGCCUCUUUACGGCCAGUUUGCCGAUCUGUGGGGACGACGCAAGAUCAUCCUGCUGGCGAUCUUCGUGUUUAUGGCCGCCAGCGCGAUAUGUGGUGCCGCACAGAACACGGCCAUGCUGAUCAUUGGCCGCGGCAUCCAGGGCGUUGGCGGCGGUGGUAUCAUCAUGCUGGCGAAUCUUAUCAUCUGCGACCUCGUCCCCUUGAGCGAACGCAGUCGCAUCGCUGGACUGCUGUUUGCCCUCGUCGGCGUGUCAUCAUGCUUCGGACCCCUGAUCGGCGGAGCUCUUGCCGGUGCUGGGCAUUGGCGUUUCGCGUUUUAUUUUAAUGUCCCCAUCGGCGCCAUUUCCCUCGCCAUUAUCUAUGUGUACCUUCGUGUUUCCCACCGUGCCAGCAUGCCCUGGCAGACAAGUCUACGCCGCAUUGAUUAUGCAGGGACCCUGAUACUCGUUGCUUCAACAGUACUGGUUCUAUAUGCCUUGUCUUAUGCUGGCUUUAUAUACCAGUGGUCCGACCCGCGCAUCAUUGCAUUGCUUGCUGUGGGAUUGGUGCUACUACUUGCUUUCGUCGUCUAUGAGCACUCACCACGAUGUUCCUAUCCCUCCGUGCCGCCGAUCCUCUUCCAAAACCGGACUUCCAGCAUCACAUUCUUCAUUACCUUCAACCAUGCCAUAGUGGUUGUUUGGGUCAUCUACUUCUUUCCUCUGUUUUUCCAGUCUGUUUUGGGCACUUCGCCGGGCCAGUCUGGCUUGAACCUGCUGGUCCUCGUCCUCACCUGGCCUGUCUUCGCAUCGCUGAGUGGUGUGAUUACUGCUAAGACAGGCCAGUACAAAUUCAUUCAACUGUUUGGAUUAAGCAUUCUUAGCAUCGGCGUCGGCUGCUGCUCAUUGUUGGAUCAGCACUCAACAACAGGAAUGUGGGUGGGGUUUUUAAUGCUCAUUGCAGCUGGUCUUGGCACUGUGUUUCCAGCACUGUUGCCCGCAGUCCAGGCCGAAUUAUCGGAAGAGGAAACAGCUUCUAGUACGGCGGCCUGGGCACUUUUACGCGGAAUAGGUAUGAUUUGGGGCGUCAGUAUCCCGGCGGCCAUUUUCAACAAUCGUAUAGAGCAACUAGCUGGGGGCGUGGAUGAUCCUAUCUACCGUAAAGCUCUGACGGGCGGAAGGGCCUACGAACAUGGCACAGCGGCGUUCUUGAACCAGAUCCAAGGCGAAACCAAAGAACAAAUAGUGGGUGCGUACGUGGACUCCUUGAAGCUCAUGUGGCUAGUUUGUAUGGCAUUCCCAAGCGUGUCUACACUGGCAGCACUGUUUGAGCGGAGGGUCAAGCUUCGCAAAGAGUUAGUAACGGACUUUGGAUUUGAGGAGAAGAGCUCCUCGAAACAAAUCGAGGGGGCUGGAGGCAACGAAUCACCACAUGAGAGUAGCACUGUGUAG